GCUAUCGCCUAAUUCUAGAGAACCACCAUGAGAGCUCAGAGAAACGCCGUCAUCGCUCGCAAGAAGCCUAAUGCGGAGAUGCUGAAGCAGAGAAAAGCCGAGAUGAAAUCUACGAAAAGCAAUAAAUCCAUGAAGAAAGAUCAGAAUGCACCAAAACGUCCAGCCACAGCUUUCUUCAUUUUCAUGGAGGAAUUCAGAAAGACGUUCAAGGAGAAGUUUCCUGAUGCAAAAGCUGGUCCAGCUGUUGGCAAAGCCGGCGGCGAGAAAUGGAAAUCAUUAUCUGAUGCUGAAAAAGCUCCUUACGCUGAAAAAGCUCUUAGUAGGAAGACAGAGUAUGUGAUAGCUCUCGAGGCAUACAAGAAAACCCUCAAUUGCUGUGCGGACGCUGAAGCUGCAAUGCCAACAGAGUCACAGAAAUCAACCUCUGAGGUCCAUGAUGAUGUAGAUCAGGAAGCUAGCUCUAGCUCUUAGGUUGCAGGACUUCAGUGUCCUUGGAGGAGGGGUAACAGAUCUCCAUAUAUUUUGUUUUAUAAAACUUGCAUGGUUAAGGACGAGAGCUUGCAAUAGCAUAUGGAGGAUGAAAUGCUUGACACUUGCAUAACUCUAGCAAUUUUAGGACAAAAGUUAGGAAUUUCCUUGGAUAUAUAUUUGUAUCCUACGUACUUCUGCUCUGGUGUGGUGCACUAAAGUCUCGUUUUUCUUGAGAUUAUCAUCUGGUUAACAAGUGUUGCAUGCUUUGAAUUCCGACUUAAAUUUCAUAUAUACAUUUGGAAAAAUUGGAGGAAACGUG